AUGGCAUUGCUAGGUAAGAAAAAGAAAACCGUCGAAUGGAGCGACAUGGACAAAAAGAGGUUCGUUCCAUAUUACGGGGGUUUGUUGUUAGGUGUCAGAGCAACAACACACCCGUAUAAUGUCAUCAAAACUAGGUUAAUGGACAGGAACAGUCUUAAAUUCUAUAGAGGGACGAUGGAUUGUCUCUUCAAGGUAAUCAAGCAAGAGGGAUUUGUCGCUAUGUAUAAAGGAUUCUCUGUACAAUGCUGUCACAUCGGAACAAGCCUCAUGUACAUCACAUCAUACGCCUAUACACGAAACCUUGUAAAAGACUCGUACCCCCAAGGCAGCGAUUUUACAGUCUCCUUCCUUGCCGGUGGCAUCGCCGCACUCGUGUCGCAGUCGAUCGGCGUCCCCGUCGAUGUCGUUUCCCAGUUCAUAAUGAUUAAUCGCGCAGCCGCGAAGCUUCAUUCAAGACCAUUGUUUUUCGAAGAGGUCAAGUCCUUGCCUGUUGUGUGUAGGGAUAUAUACGCCCGUGGAGGAGCGAGAGCUUUCUACAACGGGUUCAACGCGUCUGUGCUUACGUUUGUACCCAGCAGUGCGAUACUAUGGGGGUUCUACAGUUUCUAUACACAUUUUCUUCUGUCGCACGCCCCGUCAACGGUACCGCUGUUCGCCGUGCAAGCAUGUGCGGGCCCACUUGCAGCCAUAUGUGCCGCACCAUUAUCCCACCCAAUGGAUCUUGUUCGAGUACGUAUUCAACUCAUGCAGAGCCCGAACGUUCGAAUGGCCUGUGCAGAUAUUUACCAGAGCCAGGGUCUUGCCGGAUUCACGCGUGGUCUGGUACCCCGUGCGAUAGCAAUAACCCACUCAUCCAUCAUCAUGCUACUGUGUUAUGAAACUGUUAAACAGCUGAGUGUGAAAAAAGGUUACGUCGACCAGUGGAAUGAUGGAACAACACUUCAAUGA